GAUACGACUUGCUUAUAACUUUCAAUUAUUCAACCAAGAUAUCCGUUACCAUGAACGACCCCUUGAAACAGUAUCUAAAAUUCUCCGAUGCGGACCGACAUCCACAUACUCCAGCGCUGGAGGUAACUCUAACUGCACCCAGAAACUUCUAUACUGAAAGCCCGAAUUUGAAUCUCGUUACAGUGACUAUCACUCGAUCUAAGAAGCACCAGGAACCCAAGCCAACCUACUUCUACUGGUCCCCCAGCACCAAUGAAGGAUUCAGGGUCUUUCGUGACUCGCCCAGUGAGGGCCUAAUGGAGGUGGAGGUGCAGUCAGAUUGCUCCUCACCAAUAACGCGGCAGUCAAACCCUCUUCACCUCUGGUACUUGGGUGCGGAUGAUGAAGCCGUGUCGUGGGAUAUCCCUCUUGGGGAGAAUCUAUCUCGAUCCGUUAUAAAAAGUGAAUGGAUCACAUACGAGCUCUUCUGGCCAGGAGGUGAGGUGCAUCUUUGGGAUUGGGGAUCGAAUGAUACAAAUAAAGAAAAUUUGGAAAUCACGGAGCUGGAGGCGAAAUCGACCCCGAUGACACUGCCUGGAGGCGCACGAUUCUCUUUCACAUUAAUUGAAGGUAGUGCGCCGCCGCCGCCACCAAGGCCAUUGACUCCUCCAAUCGUCGAAUUAGAUCUCAGUACUCUGCCCGCCGACAUGGAGGAUACAGGAGAGUGGGAGUCCUGGCGCGGCGAUGGCGUAUGUGGAUACGCUUUGUUUGAGGAUGAAGAUGUUCCACGAACGGUGGGUACAAGCGACGGUUUUAUGUCUCUGCAGCCCAACGAGACCUGGUGUAAAGAGCGGAAACUUGGAAUGGUGGUUGAUCUACCUGAAGAUGCUCGAGGUGGAGAGGUCAUGCGACACCAAUUCAAGGGAUGCAAGUGGACUUGGUGGGAUUGGGGAAUAAAGGAGGAUCAUAUGGACACUAUUGUAAUGGUAGUUGGAUUCGGGGUGAUCACUAAGCCAGCUGACAAUGACGGACGGCCGGAGGUGGUGGUGCCGGCUUCGAAUAUGGUUGAGUUUACAGUUGCUGAUCGGGGUCGGUGA